AUGAGCAAUUUUGAAGAAAAUGAACGAAUGCAGGAAUUCGUAAACACCUUGGAAUCCUUUAAAGAAUUAAAAUCAGGCAUUUCAGGUUCACGUAUCAAAAAAUUAACGUCGAUCGCACUUGAUAAUCUAAUUUUUGAAGAAAAUAUAGUUACGUUGCUUAUAAAUUAUUCCAAAACUUGCGAGGAUAACCACAAAUUAGGCUCUUUAUAUAUUAUUGACUCGAUCGGUAGAGCUUAUCUGGAUAUCGCCAGGUCAAACGACGAUUACAUCAAACCCACUGCUAAGGUCGGUACAUCAGCUCAUGCUAUUUAUGUCCUUGGAGAAGCAAUUCAAGAUUUACUAUCUGAUGCUAUCUCAAAGAGUAAUGAAGAUCAUAGGGAAAAAAUACGUAUGCUGAUUGACAUUUGGGACAGGUCUGGACUUUUUCAGAAAGGCUAUCUAAAUGCAAUUAGAGCAAAAUGUUUCUCAAUGGAUGAAUCUGUUCAUUUAGAUAACAAGACUAAUAAUAGUAGUAAUAACGAAAAUAAAGCAGUUAAUGAUGACCCUAUCAAGAAAUCAUUAAAUGUAUUAAAUGACUUACACGCAGGUAAAGAAAAUUAUACAAACUUACCUGAUCUUCAAAUUUCAAAUGACUUAGUUGCAAACGAUGUAGAAACACAGAGAGUUGCCUUGACCAAGCUUCUUUCAAGCUUACAUUACCAUUUGAAUUCUCAAGCCAUUUCAACCAAUGAAGAGAAAUCUAGAGUCCAUGUUUCACCACAAAUACACAAGACUACGGAGUAUGGUAGUAGACGUGAACGUGAAAGAGAAAGAUAUUCAUCUAGAAGAAAUAGAUCAAGAUCUCCAAACUCAAGAAUGAUGAACCAGCAGCAGCAACAACAACAUCAAAGCCAGCAACCACAAUUACCACAGCACAUCAACAACAACUUCAGUGCAAACAAUCACCAUUUAUACCCUGAUGAAAUGAAUGUCCCUUCAAAUGUACAUUAUAGAAGUAAGCCAGUGAGCUUUGAUGCAUCUCUACCCCCAAAUCACAUUAAAGUGUUCAGUAGAACAUUAUUUAUUGGCGGUGUGCCAAAUAAUAUGAAGGAGUGGGACCUUUCACACUUAUUGAGACCAUUUGCGGCUGUACAGAGUGUUAUCUUAAAUAAUCACAGAAAGCAUGCUUUUGUUAAAGUCUAUUCAAGAUCAGAGGCAGAGAACGUUCUCUACAACUUCAAUAAGGAUGGAUCAUCACCUUUAAGAACACGUUGGGGCGUUGGUUUUGGUCCAAGAGAUUGCUGUGACUAUCAACAUGGGUUUAGUAUUAUUCCAAUGCAUAGAUUAACUGACGCUGACAAGAAAUGGUCAGUAAGCGCACAGUGGGGUGGUACCGCUGGCCAACCUUUAGUUUCCAAUAUGGUUUUUGAAGAACCAGAUAUUAUGGUGGGAGAUGGCGUGUCUUCAAAGGCCAUCUCACAAAAGAUGCCUACCGAUUCUUCGAGAAAUGGACCUUCUUCUGGUAAGGAAAAUAGACAAGAUAACUAUGGAGGUGUUAACUACGGCUCACCAAAUCAAUUCUACGGUCAAAUGCAACCAACCCAAGUGCCACCCCCAAUGCAACAGCAGGCUCCACCUCCACCAGUUCAAGCGCAAGCUUAUAAUUAUCCACCACAACCACAAGCACAAGCGCAAACUCAAAACUUUGACCCUACAGCACAACUAAACUCUUUGAUGAACAUGUUAAACCAACAACAGCAGCAACACUGA